GAGGAUAGCGAUAGCCCACGGAAGUUCUAAUCCACUUAUUGGCUUCGGUGGUUUAUAGGGUUUUGAACUUUAUACGGAUAGAAGGGCGCUUUUCCUUAACCUUGUGUAGAGUGCUUCUUCAAUCUGUUUGGUGAUUCCAUCGUCAAGUUUGGAACCUCUUAGCUGCUUCAUGGCGUCAAAUUUUCAGAAGGAUGCUCCGGCUUCUUGCAGCGCGGAAGAGAAUUCAAGUUCACCAGAGAACAAAGGUUCCCAAUCUGAAACAUCUAUUCUUGAGCCACAAUCAGGACAAAGAAGCGCUGCUUCUGGGCCAGCAACUGGAAUUGCUGCUGAUUCUUUUGAUUUUUCUGCAAUGUCUAAUGUUCUUAAUGAUCCAGUCAUAAAAGAAUUAGCUGAACAAAUAGCAAAAGAUCCUGCAUUCACUCAAAUGGCUGAGCAGCUCCAGAAGAGUGUUCGUGGCACUAGCGAUGAUGGUAUUCCUGACUUUGACACACAGCAGUAUUACUCUACCAUGCAACAGGUUAUGCAAAAUCCUCAGUUCAUGACUAUGGCUGAGCGACUUGGUAAUGCUUUAAUGCAGGAUCCAUCUAUGUCUGGCAUGCUGGAGAAUUUAGUAAAUCCGUCACAUAAGGAUCUUGAAGAGCGAAUGUCACGCAUCAAAGAAGACCCAUCAUUGAAGCCUAUUCUAGAGGAGAUUGAGAGUGGUGGUCCAGCUGCAAUGAUGAAGUACUGGAAUGAUCCUGUUGUAUUACAAAAGCUAGGCCAAGCCAUGGGUCUUGCGGUUCCGGGAGAAGCUGCUACUUCAGCUGAUCUUUCUGGACCAGAUGAAGGGGAAGAAGAAACUGGGAAUGAGGAUGAGUCAAGUGUGCAUCACACUGCCAGUAUCGGUGAUGUUGAGGGUUUGAAGAAUUUGCUGGCUUCUGGAGCUGAUAAAGAUGAACAAGAUUCUGAAGGAAGGACAGCUUUGCAUUUUGCAUGUGGUUAUGGUGAGGUUAAGUGUGCUCAGGUCCUUCUUGAGGCUGGAGCAACAGUUGAUGCUUUAGAUAAGAAUAAAAACACUGCUCUCCAUUAUGCUGCUGGCUAUGGCAGAAAGGAGUGCGUAGCUAUUCUCUUGGAAAAUGGUGCUGCUGUCACUCUUCAGAACUUGGAUGGAAAAACACCUAUUGAUGUUGCCAAGCUGAACAAUCAACAAGAAGUACUGAAGCUGCUUGAGAAGGAUGCAUUCCUAUAAUGAGUGGGCACCGAUUGUGGUCUACUACAUAUAUUUUCUCAUUGCCGUUUGUCUUGGUUGUCACUCUUUGUUUACAGCUACAAUUAAGGGUUGUUAGAAACCUGGCUGCAUGAACCGUUUCUUAUGUCUUGUUUUUGUUAAUGUGGAAUGGUUUGAAAUGUGCUCUAUGAGAUGUCUUAGUUGAUACCUGAUUUUAAUAAUAACGUUAUGAUUCUCGAAGGA